ACCAUUCUCCCCAGUCCCCGCACCGGCGCACCGGCCGCCUCUUCUUCUUCUUCACUUCUCCAAAACCCUAACCCCCGGCCAGAGAUUCAGCCAAAGAACGCACUCUCGCUUCGCCUAAUCCGCCGGCGAAACCUGACGCUCCGGGAGAGACGGACGGAACGAGGGCGCCCCCAGAGGGGCACCCCAAGCAAAGAGCAAUGACAUCAACCACGGAAUCUUCAUGCACAACCCAGACGGUGCAAGGCACACACCGGUUCCAGAUCUGCCAGUUCAGCUACGGGAAUGUUGGUGACAAUGACUACAUCCGCUCCGGCACCUUCAGUGUGGGGGGAUUCGACUGGGUUAUCGUGUACUGCCCAGAUGGCGAUGGUGUCGAUGGUGAAGAAUACAUAUCGGUUUAUCUGGAGUUGAUGAGCAAGUAUGCGGAGGCUUCGGCGCUCGUGGACCUGAGACUGAUCAACCAGGUCACUGGACAGGCGUGCACGAUAUGUGCGGAGAAUGAGGUGCCAAACCAGUUCAGGUCUAGCAGCUUCGAAGAGGCUACCUGGGGGCGGGAAAAAUUUAUCAGCAAGCGUGCUUUGAAAGAUUCAGUGUAUCUUAAAGAUAACUGCCUUGUUAUUGAAUGCGUCGUUACUGUGGUAAAUGAACUUAGGGUGUCUGGAAACAAAGCAUUCUAUGAAAUUGAAGUCCCUCCCCCAAAUGCACUAGAGCAUUUUGGCAAGAUGCUCAAGGAUGCGUCCAGGGCAGAUGUGACCUUCAAGGUUCGAGGAGAAACGUUUCCUGCCCACAGGGCAGUGCUUUCUGCCCGGUCGCCGGUUUUCAAAGAGCAGCUCAGUGAACCCAUGAAGGAGAACAAGAUGCAGCAUGUAACUGUCGAUCGCAUGGAACCGGCGGUUUUCGAGGCUCUGCUCCAUUUUGUUUACACCGAUUCCUUGCCUACAAUGGAUGAUCUUGACAGAGAUGAAAAAGAUGCAGUGGUCCAGCAUCUACUUGUAGCUGCGGUUCAGUAUGGUCUAGAGAGGCUGAAGCUCAUGUGUGAACGCAUCUUGUGUAUGAGCCUUGAUGUCAAGAAUGUGGCUGUUAUACUGCGUCUAGCUGAUCGACAUAACUGCUGGAAACUCAAAGAAGCUUGCGUCGAUUUUUUGGUUCCUUCGGAGAGAGUCGAUGCUGUGAUGAAAACCCAUGACUAUGAGACUAUGAAGUUGUUUUCUCCUUCUCCAUUAGCAGAUGUGUGGGAGAAGAGUCGUCGCUCCCGCAGAAGUUCCCCUUAGGUAACAUGCAAAAGCUUUUCAGGCAAAGCAAGUACAGUCAGCAGACUUGGGCUGAGUACUUCUGUCAACAGAGUCACUGUAGGUCUUUAUUGAGUCUAGUUAUCUGUUAAUGUAGUGGAUAUGUGCCUGCAAGUAUCUUAUGAAUGAUGUGUGAUCAUCGGUGUUUGUUGCUUCUGUUAGUUAUGCCUAUCCACUCUAUCUUGUCUUGAGUUA